UCCCCGCCUGCUCGCAAACCCUAGAAAUCCUCUCGUCUCCGAUUCUCCCACCCUCUCUCUUCUUCCCCCUUUCUCUCCAAGGCGCACAUCCUCGACGCGGAUUCUGACUACAUGGCCAGCAAGACCUCCUCGUCGGCGAGGGGAGCCGAUGGAGCGCUCCCGUUGGCGGAGAACAACAGUCGCCCAGAGGUGCUUGACCCACGGAAGGAUAUCUCGAAGAAGAGAAAAGGAGGCACCAGCAGCUCUGCUCCUGCGGUGCUAGAGCGUCCUCCUCCCCCGGCUUUUGCCAUUUUUAUGUGUGAUUUCAAGAGGAGCAAGGAAUGCGAAUCUGUCGUCGAAAAAGCUGCAGAGGAUAAAUGGAACUCGAUGUCUGCAGCUGAGAAAAGUCCAUUUGUAAAAAAAGCCUCGGAUAUGGUGGCAGCCUUCGACAGAGUUGUGGAAUUCUAUAAAAUGAUUACGAAUGCCCCGAAAGCAACGGCAGCAGCUGCUCCUCCUACGGAAGAAAAACUCUCAGAAGCAGCUACAACUGGUGGUCCAAUGGAGUAAUGAACUUCUCAGAAGUUUAUCCUUUGCUUUGCACGUUUUGAUAUUAUAUAGGUAGCUUAUAUGGCGACUCGUAUUUUCAGCCUCUUAACAAAAAAAAUAGGUUCUUGA